GGGGGACAUGGUGUGGGGACGCAGAUGGGGCCCCUUCUGUGCUGGGACAUGGCAUGGACCGUGCGGGGCUCAACACACCCCCCUCUGCAAGGGGACACGCUGUGGAGGAUGCGGCAGAGGGACAUACUAUGGGCUCCUUCCCCUGGGUGACAGCAUGGGGACAUGGCACAAUCCCCUUUGCAGGGGUGUGGGGACAUGACACGUCCCCUCUCUGUGUGGGGACCCAGCAUGGGUGGCCUGGCCACUUCGCCAGAACUGUCCCCCCAGCGAUCCUUGGCUGAGGCCGGACUAACUCAUUGCUGGGAUAACGGGGCUGGGUUGGGCCACCCCCUCCCCUGGAAAUCCCCUGGGGGUGUCACCAGAUCCCCUCUUGCAGUCCGGGGGGGUCCCGCACCCCCGCGAGCACAUCCCUCCUGGCACCUUGUGAUGGCCCCGGGACCUGCUGCCUCCCUGCCACCAGCUGGAGAGGAGAAGCCAGCGGGGACUGCCGGAAAGGGGGACUAAUCCCCCAUCCAUGGCAGGGGGCAACCGCCCGGGGCUACCGGAGAGCAGCCCAGCACCCGGAGCCUGCGCCUGUCCCUCGUCCCCCCACCGUCCACGCCGCCGCCCAGGAGGCUCCCGGUGAGCCCCAGCCAUGUAGGCGCAGCCUGGGGCUCCGCCGAUGGCCACUGUCAACAUGCAGCAGGGCUACGCGGCCGUCCUGUGUGUCCUGGCUGUGCUGGGGCUGGAGGCCACUGCGCCGGGCGAAUGCGAGCUCACCCGCCUGCUCCAGGACAAGCUGCAGUACGAGAUGCGCCUGCAGUACAUGAAACACUACUUUCCCAUCGACUACACAGUCCAGGUCCAGUACGAAGAGGUGCUGAGGCCGUCCAACAUCACCCGCCUGCGCAAUGGGACAGUGUCGGAGACAGCACUGCGGUACCUCUGGUUCCAUGUCAGCUCCCAGGCAGUGCUGCGGAUCCGUGAGGUGCUGCCAGAGAAGCACCCAUCCUGGAAGUACACCCAGGAGCUGUGCCAGCUCUUUGACGCCCUGGGUGAGGAGUACAGCAAGUACCGGCAGACAGAUGUGGAGGCGGUGGUGGCCGACCUGGUGAAGCUGGUCCACAGCGCGGGCGCUGAGAGCCGGAGCAAGGCCGUGCGCCCCAAGGCACUGCUGGACAACUGCCUCAAGGUCAUGCGGAUGCUGUACGGAGUGCCCUGUCGGUGGGAGUCCACCUAACGCUGCAGAAGACCCCUCACUCAACACCUUCUCCUUGCCCUGGAGCCUCGGAUGCUGCCUCUGCUCUGCCACUCCCAGCAGAGCCCCAGAGGGGUUCCCAAGGAAGGUGCAAAGGUGGGACAAAUGCCACCUCUUCUGGGACCAAACGUCACUCCUUCCAGGACCGUGGGACUGUUCAUGGCCAUGGGGUUUUGCCCAUCCAAAAUGCCUGGCACCUUCAGCAUGGGUGUAGGGUCGGACAGAGCCCCCCAUGAUGGGCAGCUGUUGGGGGGGACACGCUGCCCUCCCUGCCCACAGGAAGGGUGAGGGCAUCACCCCAUUCCUCUCUGUUUGUAUUUUCCCCUCAGCUUUCAUUAAACAGCAGUUAAUUCUCUA